CGACUAAAAGAUGUGCCAUGGAAUGGUAGCCACAAAGAGCACGACGACGUCACUGCUUGCCUUGUUCAGUCAUGGGUUAUUUUUUCCACUGGUCGUCUUCAGUACUCCUGGGGCGGAAGGACUGGUCUCAUCUUGUCCACAGCCACCUGAGCCAGAGAAUGGAGGUUAUAUAUGCCAUCCAACACCCUGCAAAGACCCACUGACAUCUGGCAGCGUCAUAGAGUACCUGUGUGAAGAAGGUUUCAUGCUGAAAGGAGACUACAAAUACCUGACCUGCAAGGAUGGAAAGUGGGAUCCAGUCAUGGAGGUGACUUGUAGGCUCAGCCAAGAUAAAGAUUCUCCUCCAAGUAUAGGGGUGCCCACUCUGUCCAUCGUGGCUUCCACAGCAAGCUCCGUGGCCCUCAUCCUUCUCCUAGUUGUACUGUUUGUUUUGCUGCAGCCAAAGUUGAAGUCCUUUCAUCACAGCAGGCGUGAUCAAGGUGUUUCUGGGGACCAGGUUUCCAUCAUAGUGGAUGGCGUUCAGGUGGCUUUGCCAUCCUAUGAAGAAGCAGUUUAUGGCAGUGCCGGGAACUGCAUCCCUCCCUCAGAUUCACGGGUACAGAUUGUCCUGUCGGAGGGAGCUGGGCAGAGCGGAGCAAGGGAGAUGCAGCAGCCGCCACCACCGGACCAAACGGAUCAUAACUGCUUUGCUGGGGAGGAUGAAGUCCCUGGACACUCUGGACUGUGCGAAGCAGGCAGUUCUCACCACUCAGAGGCUGUCCUGGUGCAUCAAGCCACCUCCUCCUCCUGGGUAGCUGGUAUGUCUAGUAGUAGAUCAGGGCACAAAGAAGCUCCAGACUCGGAAAGCAGUGAUGUACAAAGCCUUCUAUCACUCACUUCCUCAGAGGACUACACAGAUGAUAUUCCAUUGUUGAAAGAAGCAUGAGGUCUGUUGCAUUUGUCUAGCCUUUUCUCUCCAUUCCUCUUCUCCUCCUUGGGAUGGUGAGCACUCCGUGCUAGCUUCCCCCACCCUCCCACGAUGUGCCCCGGA